AUGGCUACUCAAAGUACAAGUGUGGCCGAAAGUCGCCAAGAGGAGGAGAUCAACAUCGUGUGUGGGGAACCGACUGGUAAAGCCGAGAACGGCGAGGAAAGCCGUCGUGACUCUCACUGUUUUCCGCCAGAGAAGGAAACCUAUAUCCAAAAGAACAAGAAAACCAAACGUAUCGACGGAUGGCGUCAGACGCAUCACACCGCCUAUGCUGUUCGCAACGCUACUCACAUCUACAAGUUGUCACGAGAUUCACCACACAGCGCUACGUACGAGUCUCUUACGAACCGCCAAGAGCGCAUUGACUUUCUCAAACGGCACGGCAUUAUUCAGCGCCGCUGA